GGUCGCGCGAACGUCGCCACCGCCACCGCCGCAGCCGCCGCCGCCGCCGCCGGUGUCGUAAUCGCCGUAGGUGUGUAUUGCAUUAUUAUACUGUUAUCAUCGCAGUCGCGUCUACUCGUCGAUCGCGCCGCGCCGGAUAAUUGUUUGAAUAUUAUCGCAGCCGCAAACACCCCGCCGCCGUCGACGUGAUAAUACGUGUAUGUGAACCCGAACGAGCGACGGCCGAAUGAAUAAAAAUUGUAAACGUUUCGAGCACGCCCGCGCGUUUGCCAGUGUAAUCAUCGUAUUAAUAUCGUACAUCGUACCGUCAACUGCACGCGUAGAUGCACUAAUCGCGGUCUCGUCGAGUUCGUUGCGUUUUCGGCGAUAAGUGUAACGCGUAAUCGUUUUUAUUGUCGUCGAGCAUUGACACGAUUCCGGCGGAAUCUGCAGCACACCCGUGAGGACCGGUACAAGACACCGCCGUCGUAGAGACUCGCGCAGACGACGAGAUCGGAUCGCACCUACCUCUCUCUCUCUCAUAAUAAUAAUAUCAUAGUAAACGACGACGAAUCGGGAGAUCCGAGAUCAUGAUGCUUAUCACUGGUACUAUAGCUGUCCAAUUAAAUUUAUAAUCCUUGGCGGAUGACCUUCGUACGUUUCAGGGAAAUGGUACCAAAUUUGUUCUUAGUUGCACUGUUUAUCAAUGUACCCGAUUUAUGGGCCUCAGACAGACGGCACAGUCGCCACGCAUCGGUCGGCGGAGGCAUGACGAACCAACUUGAUCCGAGAAACACGGCUGCAAUAAACACCACUGCUUCUAGAAAGUUCUUGCAGGAGUUUCUACAGGAUAUCCCUCCACCAAUUAUUGGCCCAGUAUUCGACAAAACUGUGCCGAACAACGUGACUGGGUUAGUUGGUAGAACCGCGUACUUACAUUGCAGAGUCAAGAACCUGGGCAAUCGAACCGUAUCGUGGAUUCGACAUCGGGACAUACAUCUUCUCACGGCGGGAAGGUACACAUACACAAGUGACCAACGGUUCGAAGCCAUUCAUGAACCACAUUCUGAAAACUGGUCGUUAAGAAUAAAAUAUCCACAAAAAAAAGAUUCUGGUAUAUACGAAUGCCAGAUAAGUACAACACCGCCCAUAGGGCAUCCUGUAUACUUAACCGUGUUAGAACCAACUACCGAAAUACUGGGAGGUCCGGAGCUGUUCAUUGAUCAGGGUAGCACGAUAAACCUCACCUGCUUGGUGCAGUUCGCACCGGAACCUCCGCCGACCGUUGGCUGGACGCACGAAAAACAACCCAUAAAUUUCGAUUCUCCACGAGGCGGAAUAAGCCUGGUAACGGAAAAAGGGUCAACCACCAGCAGCAGAUUAUUAAUUCAAAAGGCGUCGUCUUCAGAUACUGGCUACUACUCUUGCGAUCCGUCAAAUGCAAAUUCGGCCACCAUCAGGGUUCAUAUAUUAAACGGUGAACAUCCGGCCGCAAUGCACCACGGCCAGGGCAGCAUCCCGCUAUGCCCGCCGAUUGUCAGCGCCAUGAUCGUACCGUUUUUGCUCAUCUUUACUGCCAGAGACCUAUAGUACCGACAACGUACACCCGAAAAUAUUUAAUAUUAACAUAUUAUAUUAUGUUUAAGUGUUAUAAUGUAACGAUGUAUGGGGAAAGGGGGGAAUUGUUUCUGAUUUAAAAUAUGUAAAAGUCUAUCAUUUACUAAUAAUAUAAUAUUGUAUAGAUGACGUUCUCUGUAUAGAGUAACUAUACUCGUCGAGCGAUACGCUCAAAACCGUCGACGAUGCAGCGGACGGUUUGAACGUGAGAUUUUACGUUUUCUUUCGGGUCACUUGUAUAUUAUUAUUAUCAUCGCAUCGUCACAUACGCGUGUCCGUUUUGUAAAUUGCGCACACGACUACUACUACAACACAAUAAGCGUACUUAUUAAAAUAUAAUAUUACGACAUCAUAAUAUCGCCACGUCCGUCGAUGAUUUUUUUUUUUUUCGUUACCCCAAAGUCAUCGACACUACCCACCUAUAUGUGUAUAGUAUAAUAUUUAAUAAUAUAUCAUUAUUAUGUGUUACAGUAUAAUAUUUCUUUUUGAAUUUAAUAAAUAUCCAUACGCGCGUUCGCGUUUAUUGCCGAACCGCGCACAGCCGUUCAACGUGAUAGGUAUAGGCAGGUACUUAUACGGAAUACGAAUGCUACCGCCGCCGCUGCCGUCAACAUUUCAUCGUAAUUAAUUUAUAAAAUCGUACCCAUACCAAAUAGUUUUUGUAAAACACCAAUUUAAUAACUUUGAAUGUAUAAUCGCCUACAGUAUACGCCUAUUAAUAUCAUAUUUGCGAUCUGAUCCGAACCCACUGUAACACAAUAUAAAAUACUUCAUGAUCGAUCCCCACGUAUUUCGACACGUAGCAUCUGACUGUAAAUUGCAUAUACACUUCAAAAACGAAAAUAUAAAAUUUUAUUCCUGGACAUUUUAAGGUUAUUAUAUAAUAUUAGUAUUUCAUUGAUUCGAUCUUAUGUAACAAACCCAAUAAUACUAUUGUAUUUAAAAUAAAAACUAAUAAUUAUGGCUUUGUGUGAAGAACAUACCUAUCACAAAAUCGAUACAAUAGGUAAUUUUUUUCUUUGCAUUUUUGCACAAAUCAAAAUAUGUGUUGUAUGUUUUUUUUAGGAAACAAUUCGUAAAAAACAUAUGAAUAUAACAUAAAUUAUGAGUACAAAAGAUUUUCACUCACAAGCAAAAUCUCGAAUACUUAGCGUUGUACUAAUAAUAACAAUAUGAUACAUCAGUUUUUAAUAAUAUAAUAUUAAAAUUUAAAAAUAUGACGGCAGUGCCUAAUUUAAACACACCACUACACCAAGUUAGGUUCGGCGUAAAUCAUAUACUUCUCCGAUAGUAUUAUUAUUUGAAUAAAACAUUUUACGCAGUGAGUAUAUGUUAUAAACUUAUAACUUAAAAUCCUUUGUUUAAAUCAUAUAAUAAAAAAAAAAAUCCAAAACAAUUCGUUUGUUAAGAUCCAUAAUUAUAUUAUAGAUGACCAACCAUUUGUAAUGUGGAAGAAAAAUAAUAAAAAUUUUCUUACCACUAAUUUAUUGUGUAAGACUUAAAAAUUAAAAUCCGUUAGAAUAAUGUAAGACACUUAUUUAUAAGUAUUUAUAUAAAAAUGUAAAAUAGGUCUAUAUAAUAAUGGUUAAUGACUAAGAUUAACAUGUCUGAUGCGCCUAAGUAAGUCUACGUUGUUGUUAAGUCUUAGUUUACAUUUAUUUCCUAUAAUUUCUACAAUAGGACGUCAGAAUAUCGUCAAUAAUGCGGUGUAAAUGUUUUUUUUCAAAGUUCCCCUAAAAUUAGAAUCUUAACUAUACCAAUUUACAUAUCACAGAAAUAUAAUUAGAUUAUAUUAUAUGAAUAUAUUGCUGUAUAAAAAAAAAACACCGUUUCUAUAUAUGAAUUAUGAUUUGCCAAUUUAGUCCUGUGAUUUUAUAUUAAUUAGGUACUUAUUAAAAACGAGGACUUAAAACUGUAAACGAUUUUAAUCUUUUAUUAAUUAUCAAUAAACCUAUACGAUUUGAUUUAAACCAUUUAAACCGCUAUAGCAGCCUAUGCAUUAUUACAUCAUAAUAUUACGAUACCAUUUUUGGUUAUUUCAUGAUUUCCAUUAUUCGUCUAACCGCAUUUGUUAAAUUUCGUGAUUCGGGCAGCAAAGUUUUUAUUUUUCGAAUGUCUAACAACCAUUUCUUACUGUACCUAUAUAAACAUAUUACGAAAUAUUUGUUAUAUAUUAUGUUUUAAUAACAUUAUACCAACCGAUAUAAUGUAUAUACUAUGUAUACAUAUUAUACUGUUUUCAUUAUCGUCGACCGUUAUUGUUAUAAGAUCAUUUUUUUUUUUUGAACGUAUAAUGUUUGUUAGGAUAAAUUAGUAUGAAAUACACAAAAUAAACACACAACACACACAGGGUUGUCACGUCAAGAGAACAAAAACGAUCAUUUUGAUUUAUUUAUAUCAAUUUAUUAUAGUUAUACGAUCGAUACGAACUUAUAAUUUAUAAAAUAUACCUAGUUAUUUUUCUUUUUAUUAUUAUUAUUAUUAAAAGUAUAAAAUAUUUACAA